AUGGGCGCUGCGGGAGCCGAGCUGGCCCUGCAGCUGCGGGCAGCGCUGCGGGCCGAGGAGCCGCGGGCCGUGGACCAGCUGCUCCGCCGGGGCGCGGACCCCAACCUGGUGCUGGAGGACGGCGCGGCGGCCGUGCACUUGGCGGCCCGAGCCCGGCGACCCCGGCCAUUGCGCUGCCUGACCGCGCUGCUGCGGGCCGGCGGGGACCCCAACGCACGGUCUGCCGAGGCCCUGACCCCGCUGCACGUGGCUGCCGCCUGGGGCUGCCGCCGGGGCUUGGAGCUGCUGCUGAGACGCGGAGCCGACCCCGAGCUGCAGGACCAGGACGGACUCAGAGCUCUGGACUUGGCCGAACAGCAGGGCCACGAGGCCUGUGUUCGAGUCCUGCAGGGCCUGGCGCCGCCUGUGCGCACCUGGACACCCCUAGUGACCGCCCCGGAGACUCAGCAGCCGGACCCUGACGCACCUCUUUCUCGGACAACCUCUUUUGCACCCCAGCCAGACUCCGCUCAGGGAAUGGGACCCGCCUCCAGCCGGGCCCUGGACAGCCCAGGGCAGCGGGGCAGGGAUGCCCGUGGGGAGGCAGGGCCGGGCUCCCCAAACUGCUGUGCCCACCCCCCGCCGGUCCUCGAGGGCAGCUCGGAGGAUGCCUCCUUCGUCACGGCAGUUGAGGACCCUGUCCCGGGUGCAUCUACACCUGCUGGACGUGGGUCCCUGGACGCUGGGCCAGAGCUGGAACAGGUCGGUGUCCCUGAGAAAGAGCUGGGCGUGCGUCUCCAGGCGCUGACUCUGGACACCCCGUCAGCUCUCCGGGCCCCGAGCCCCGCGAGAGCAUCCUUGGGCACUGAGUCCUGCCUGGACGGUGCCCUGACCGCCCUGUGGCCGGCACAGACGGAGUGCGAGGUGGGUGCUGGGGAGCCCCCGGGUGUCCCCGAGUCGGACCUGGAGCUGUUGCGGGGCUUGCGCGCCCUGGGGGCCACCCCGGGCCCGGUCACGCCCUUCACGCGCCCUCACUAUGUCCGGCGCCUGCAGGAGGCCCGCAUUGCCCGCGGCCCCGACUUCUCCAGGCACAGCCCCGAGCUGGCGGAGGCCCUACGGACCGGCCAGAUCCCUGACGCGCAGGCGGACGAGGACGUACUGACCAGCCAGUUCGAGAGGCCGGAUCUGCGCAGGGCCUGGCGGGGGGGCGUGGCCAAGGCCAGUUUCACCUACUUACUGCUGGACCCCAGGGAGACGCAGGACCUGCCAUCCCGAGCCGCCACCCUGGGCCCCACCGGCCGCCUCCGCACCUUCGUCCGCGCCAUCUUCUAUGUGGGCAAGGGGAGUCGGGCCCGGCCAGAUUCCCACCUGUGGGAAGCCCUGGGCCACCUGGGACGCCCAGGGAGACAGCCCUCCCCGAAGGUGCAGCGGAUCCUGGACAUCUGGGCGGCCGGCCGUGGCGUGGUCUCCCUCCACUGUUUCCAGCACACUGUGGCGGCCGAGGCAUACACCCGGGAGGCCUGCCUGGUGGCGGCGCUAGGGCUCGGAGCGCUGACCAACCAGAAGCAAGGCCAUUGUUAUGGGGUGGCCGCCAGCUGGCCCCUGGCCCGGCGCUGCCGCCUGGGUGUGUAUCUGCUGCAUCGGGCCCUGCACAUCUUCCUGGCCGAGGGUCAGCGAGAGCUUCGGCCUGGGGAUGUCCAGGAGCGAGGCUGAAUGUGGGGCCUCGAACCCAAGGCCAGAGAGGGUAGUGAGCUGCCUA